CGGACGAGCUCGCGAGCACGGCGUGGGCAUUCGCGAAGGUCCUCCACGUGGACGCGGAGCUCUUCCUCGGCGCAGGCGAGCUUGCCCCGGGUGGCCACUCUGAACGACCAGGCGAUCUCGAACGUCGCGUGGGCUUUUGCCAGGGCCCGCCACGGCGAUCCGGAGCUGUUCGAUGCGCUUGCCGUGCGUGCGGCAUCCAGGGUCGAGCACUUCACAGGGCAGGCGCUGUCGAAUGUCGCCUGCGCCUUUGCCAAGGUGUCUCGGAAGGACGAGCGGCUGUUCGGGGCGAUCGCGACAGCCGCUGUCGCUCGGCUGGCCGAGCUCCAGGAGCAGCACAUCUCGAACCUGGCGUGGGCGUACGCCCACUCGGGCUGCGCGCGGCCGCCCCUCCUCUUCGACGCGCUGAGCUCGGCCGCGCUGGCGAGGGUGGCGGAGCUGAGCCUGCAGAGCGUCUCCAACGUCGCCUGGGCCUUCGCCGUGGCCGGGCGAGACGACGAGGAGAGCUCUUCGCGGGCUUGCCGCGCGCGGCACUGCAGAGCGCCGGUCGCUGCAACGAGCAGGACGACGUCGCCAACCUCGCGUGGGCCUUCGCGCGGGCGCGGCGCGGCGAGGCGCCCCUGUGGGGGGGCCUGGGCGCCGCGGCCCCCGCGCGGCUGGGCGAGGCCACGCC